AUGAAGCUUAUAGUUGCAGGAGCCACAGGAUUUGUCGGAAGCGAGGUCAUUCGGCUAAGCUUGGAACGACCAGACAUCACAUCAGUCAUCGCAUUAUCUAGGACACCUAUUUCCCUGCUGCAGCUGUCCAAGGAUGGCGCCGACGUAUCGAAGCUGGAAAACGUGAUUGUCAAAGACUAUAGGGACUAUCCAGACAGUGUCAGGAAAGCGUUUGCAGGAGCCAAUGCGUGCAUCUGGACAAUCGCCGUUACUCCCGCCCGAACUGGGGGUGUCAGCUUUGAAGAAAUCAAGCAAGUUUGCCAGGACUACCCACUUAUAGGGCUAAGAACAAUGCGAGACAGUGGGGUCAAUCGCCCGUUCCGCUUCAUAUACCUCAGCGGUAGUGCAGCCCCGCGUGAUUCGACCAAGCCACCCCCCUUCUUAUCCGAAUACCUGGUGAUGAGGGGUGAGACGGAGAAUCGACUACUUGCGAUUGCUAGCGAGAGUAAGGGAGCUUUGGAGGUGUGCGCGGCAAAGCCCGGAUGGAUAACUGACACAACGUUCACGAGAAGAUCGAUCAUGGCCUUUGUGAUGAGAUUGGCUGUCUCCAUGCCCAGCGUGUCCGUUGCCGAGUGCUCUGCUGCGAUGCUCGAUCAGAUUGUGCAUGGAUUUGACACGGAGCCUCUGCUGAACGAGGCUAUGGUCACAAUUGGGCGGCGGGUGCUCAGUGCAUCCACAAGAACCAGAACGGUUGACUUGACCAAAGAUUGA